AUGGCUGAACUUCUACCCCCUCUUCCAGCGGAGUACGCUCGCGGUCUUGAGCUUAUCGACGCCGCCCAUGCCGAAGACUCUAGGACAGCUGAGGGUCCUGAUGGAACGACAAUUCCCUAUGAACUCAAGUACGCCCAGAAGAUGACCAAAUGGCUCGCCCGGCUAUGCCCCGAAGCAAGUCCCGUUCUCCAACUGGCCUGCCGAGCGCAGCACUUUCGAAGGUGGGAAAUCCCUCGGAGUAGUUACCCCAUGACUCGUCCAGGCUACUUGACUUGGCGAGCAAAGCUCAAGGCUCAAGCUGCUGCUCAAGUUGCAGAGCUCCUGGCGUCUCCAGAGAUUCAGCCGCCAAUCUCCGAAGAGAACCGGUCUCGAGUAGCUGCCCUGAUUCGCAAGGAGAACCUCAAAGCAGACGAUGAGACUCAAGUGCUCGAGGAUGCGGCAUGCUUGGUCUUCCUUGAUGACCAGUUUGACGACUUCGAGAGCAAGUCGGAUCUCGACGAGGCGAAGAUGAUAGGCAUCCUUCAGAAGACAUGGGGCAAGAUGGGUGAAAAGGGCCGACAGUUGGCUCUCAAGAUGAAUCAUAGUGACCGGGCCAAGGAAUUGAUAGGAAAGGCACUUGCAGGUUGA